GAGAGGGGGAGGUGAAGACAGCCAGGCAAACUGCAUCUCCGCCAGGCUCCUUCCUUUCCUCCUUGUUUUUACUCUCAGCCGGAGUAGUUUGGCAAGCCCGCUGCGGGUGCCCCCGAGCCCUCCUCACAACACCCAGGGCGGUGGGGUGUAGCGUUGGCGGCCAGGCACCUGGCCAUCCCUUAGCCGUGCUAGCGCAGUCCCAGGACAGGACAUGUCAAGCUGCAACAGUCCCGGGGGCCCCACUGCCCUGGACUUCCCUGAAGUCCUGAAGUCCCUGCUGGAGUACUCCUUACCCUGGACCAACAAGAUGACAGAUAAAGAGAAGGAGAAGAUAAAGCUUGAGGAAGAUGAGGCAGCAGCUGCCAGCACUAUGGCAGUCUCGGCUUCCCUUAUGCCGCCCAUUUGGGACAAAACUAUUCCUUAUGAUGGCGAGUCUUUCCACCUGGAGUACAUGGAUCUGGAUGAGUUCCUGCUGGAGAAUGGAAUUCCUUCCAGCCCUACUCACCUGGAUUUGAACCAGAAUCCGCUCUUGCCUGUGGCUGAGCUGGAAGGCAAGGAGUCUGCCAGUGCUUCCACUGGUUCUCCUGCAUCAUCCUCUUCCACUGCAGUUUACCAGCAAUCUGAAGCAGCUUCCAGCACAGAGUCCCCACCACAAAAUGAGAGAAAUACUCCCAGCCCCAUUGAUCCUGACUGCGUAGAAGUUGAGGUGAAUUUUAACCCCGACCCUGCUGAUUUAGUGCUGUCCAGUGUGCCUGGUGGUGAGCUCUUCAAUCCUCGCAAGCACAAGUUUACUGAAGAGGACCUGAAACCACAACCAAUGAUUAAAAAAGCCAAGAAGGUUUUUGUCCCAGAUGAGCAAAAGGACGAAAAAUACUGGACAAGGCGAAAGAAGAACAAUGUGGCAGCAAAGCGUUCCCGUGAUGCUCGGCGAUUAAAGGAGAAUCAGAUCACAAUUCGGGCAGCCUUUCUUGAGAAAGAGAACACGGCCCUGAGGACGGAGGUUGCAGAGCUGCGCAAAGAAGUGGGACGAUGCAAGAACAUUGUUUCUAAAUACGAGACCAGAUACGGACCCUUGUAAGCACACCCCUUUUCCUUGUUAGGGCUCCUUGUUUUAGGCUCUUAGACUUCUCUGCCUUCUGUAGAGACGCCCAGAAAUAAAGUUUGUGGAGGCUUUGCCAUUUUGCAUCUACACAAAAAAACAAACCAACUCAAACCCUGUUUCUGUUGGCACUACUUGUUCAGGCCCUUUCCUGAUCAUUGCGUUGCCCAAAAUCUUAAUGUCCAUAUUUACAACUAUGUUUUUAACACUGAUAGAGCAUCUUCUGAUGUGGUACAAUGGAACAGAUUCACCUGUCUGGAGGAAUUGAUGUGGAUUGCUUCUGAUUGGACAGGGGUUUUGCUAUCUGUUCUAAUCUCCAUUUUAAGUGGAGAAAGAGCCUAGGAGACUCUCCUUGGUUGUUUUUUUUUUUUUUUUUUUCUUUCUAAACUCCUGCUUUUUUCUCCCUCUCCACCCCACCCACCCCUCCCAUUCAAAUUGUAAAACAUAAUUUUAAGGUGUAAGUAGAUGUUGCUGGGCAGCAUCAUGAAAUUGUUUCCCAUUCAGAGGCACUAGGAAGUACCUGUUGUAUAGAUCCCUGUUCCUGUUGAAGAGGAAUAAGGGAACCUUUAGGACAGAAAGAAAGAAAAAUAAUCAAUCUCCUGUAAAAACUGAGGUGUCUCAAGGUUAAUGCACGAGUGUUACGCAGACCAGAGUCAGUGCAGUGUUGAUUAAAAUACUGCUCAAACAUCAUGGUAGGUUCUAAUCCUGGAUAACUUCCAGACACCAAGGAGAGAGAACAGAAGGGGGAUCUCUUGCUUUAUGCAUAUGGACAAAAUAAUUUGCUGUGGCUUUUAGGCUGUAUUUCUACCACCGCUCCUCCCUUUGUUUUCCUGAGAGGGACUUCCCUCCUGAACUGCUGAUAAAGCAGCAUGUCUCACUUAACUGAGAAGUAAGGGAGAUUUAGGAAAAGAGGUCUGGCUCAUUAGGCUGAACCUUGAGUCCCAUCUGUUAGGGAAUUGCCAGUACCUUAUGCUUUGGAAGAAGGGUUGUUUUUUUUUUUUUUUAAGAAACAAACAAGCCACUGUUACUUUAUUGCACCUUACCUGUUGUACAAGAGCUUGAGAAAGAGUUUUGAUCCUUUGCCUCAUGAACACUCUAUGGAACAAGCUACACCCACUCUAAACAUGAACAGUUUACCUCACUAUCUCCUGGGUAGCAGCAUAUCUGGUCUCUCCAUGCCUGCUGGUUCUCUCUCCAGCAUGUUUCCUGUUACAAAAUUAGCACACAAGACUUGCCCUCUUGGAAGUAAACCAUUCUCAGCACCAAGCGCUGCUUCAACAGUACGUGGUGUUAAAAGAAAAAUAUGUUACGUGUGAUGGUGGGACCUUCUAUGUGACCUACAACUGCAAGAACCAGAAACUUUAACAGAAAUAUGUCUAGAAGUCCUCUUAACGAGAGAAACUAUCUUAAGAUGGUGUCUGUGUCAGAGCUCUUAGGCUACACUUUUUGGGCUAAUAUUUAUAUUAGGGAGUAAAUGUGGGAUUGAAGAUGUUUAAGCUAGUUUCCAGUUCCACUACUGAAAUCUGAAAAGUUUAUUAAAAAAGCAUUGGGAUUCCUUUUCUAUACUAAAGACUUCUUGCCUAGCUUGUCUUUUAAACAUAAUGUGAAAAUUGAUAUGAGUUUAGACCAAUUGUGUGUUGACUUCUUAAGAAAGUGGAGAAGCAGGCUAAUUUGGAAUGCGUAAAGUAAACAUAUGCUUUGAAUUAUCUCCCCCUCUGUUAUGCUCUUAAUUUGACUAGAGUGGCUCUUCAUGCAGCGUUGGUCUAAUUUCUUUCAAACAUACUAAAAAUUGUCACCCUUUCAGCAGGGGUUUUUCUUUCACAGGGUGGUGUGUGGUGGUGAUGGUGGGAAGUAUGUUAUAAAUAAAUUGUCACACUUAACACUUUGCUUUGUUUAAAGUGACUUAUCUGAUUCCGAGUGAUGCAACUUUAAAGACUUUUAAAAACAAAGAAACUAAAAAGCACACAUGAAUCGCCAGUCUUCAGAGUGAGCAGUGAAAUCUAUGAGGUGUCCCAACACAAACAACUGACGAUGACCCUGCCUGCCUGCUUGCCUGCAAGUACCCCAUCUGAACUACCCAGGGCUGGGCAUGAUGAAAAGUGCAAAGUCUCCUUAAUUCUGUAUAUGGCUUUCUUAUCUGUCUUUCUCACUGUAACUAUGAACUACAAUAAGCUUACUUAUUGGGGUUUUGUCAAGACACUCAAAGUUCAUGUCUCAAAGUCUGUUGACAGCCUGUGUGAAUAGUGACUCUUUGUUUUGGCACUCAAGUGGAAGAAAAUAGGGAGUUUUAAAUGAAAGUGUAUAUAUUAAGAACUGCUGUGUUUUAAGACUCGUUUUUUCCCUGCAGUAGAAUGAAUUUUAUUUAAUACUGCGACUCGCUUCUGGUACAGUGUAGCAUCUUGUGGACUACUGUGGGUGCAGAAUUAAAGACACCAGGACAACAGCAGUGAGACUUCCAGUGCAGAAAAGUACAGCAGAUGUAUUGGAACAGUCCAGAAGGCACCACAGUUUGCCAUAGAAAGAGUAGUAAUAAACCUCUAUCAAAUGACCCAUGUGAUAGUAAAAGCACUCUGGUUGCUUUCCUGCUCCGCAGCUGUACUGCUGUAACCUGCCUUUUCCUUUGUCUCUUUUGUCAGGCUUGCUUUCUUUUAUGGUGUCUUGCUGAAACAAGAUCUAUUCUUCUGUUAACGAUUUAGCAAUCAUGGAAAAGGUGCUAGUCUGAGCUGCUGAUCCUCCUGUCUUUUGGCAGCCUGAAACUACCAAAUGACUAUCAGCUCCAGCAAAACAAUGGCUAUUAGCUGCCAUAAUACAACUUUCUGUCUCUUGACUACGCGAGAACUGUGGAGGCGAAAGAGUAGUUUGUUCAUCUGUUUCAUAAAAGUGAAACAGCCAGUGAUUUCCCACAGUUACAAUGGGCAGCUUAAGGAUCGAGACCCUUGUGCUGGUGUGGGAGAGUAGCUGAAAGCCUGGACAGAUUCCGGGGAUGUUUAUUGUGUGUAGAAGAUGGAGGAAGUAGGUGGAAGUUCCUUUGUAAGAGUUUCAUCAGCAUAACAAGAAUCUACUCUUAUAUUGAGGAGGCUUAAGAGCUAAAUUUGUGUAGGAAGAAGGAGUACCUAAAUUCUGGGCCAUGCUUGUAGUUAUAAUGGAGCUUGUAAGACAGGAGUGAAAGAUGUUCAGCGUCUUCAUGGCUGGAGAUUGAUAAACAGCAUCCACCUCAAGAAAUAUCUUGAAAGCUUUCAGAAGCACAAGUGCCAAAAUGAUGAGGCACAUCUAGUUACCAGCAAGGCUCAACACUAUCAUGUUGAACAAGUAUUUUGACGCUGUGUUUACCCAAGAGAUUACACCCUUAAUUUCAGAGCAGAAAGGCAAAGAGAAAAAGGUGCAAAGCAGCAGCUAAUGUUCAUUUAAAAAAAAAAAAAAAAAAAAUUAAGAAAAAAUCUCAGAACUCAGAAUUCAUAACCACUUUUUUUUUUUUUUAAGGCAUAAACUUUGUAAAGACCACAUACAUUAAAUGCAGUUAUUGACCUAUUAUUUUGAAUGGACCAUGUUCUGAAGUCAAGAAACUGCUUUUAACAUUUUUUUUUUCUCAUUACAAAAGUAUACUUACUAGUGUAUUAUUAUAAUUCGUGAUUCUAAAGCUCUGAGAGAAUCUUGGGGUAUUAUCUUCCAAUAGAUGAAUACUUUAGCUACACGUUGCUGAAAUGUCAGUGUAUAUCUCUAUCUGUAUCAAGUAUUCCUGCUUUUGACUGAUAUUUUUGGUAUGUACUGCUUUUUUUGUUUGUUUUAUUUUGGUGAUAAAGGCAAAACCAUGGAUUUAAAAAACAAAACCAAACAAAACAAACAACCCUGACAGCAUGUAAAUGUAGCAGCUCUUUCUGCAUUUAUCAUUUCUAAAUUUUCAGUUAGCUCUGAAUGGCUGUUCUUGGAAGUCAUGCUUCCUGUUUAAAUCACAAAGCUAAAGGGUAUUGUAGCUGGGCUAGGAGCUGCUAGUCCUCCAUUUGGGUCUUGCUGUCUUACUGCUUUAGGCAUAUCUUCUAAAUACUUCAAUAUUGUAUACAGGAUUUGAUUUUGCAGUAUGUCAUGCUAUUUUAACAGCAGAAUAUUCAGUCAGUGAGAAUAGUAGGUGCAAUUCUGUUAGCUUUUCGCGUUGGUAUUAAAAGCUAACACAAUGGAAACUAACAGUGAAUGUUCAUUAGAUCUUUCUUUCAGAGAAGACUGUUAGCAAACUCUCGUGCUUCCCUGUAGGACAGUGCAAAUUUGCACAUUCUGUGAUUCACGUGCCUACGGGUUGCAAAACUGGAAAAUCGCACUUCAGGGUGAGCGUGGCUUAACUUUUGCAGUUGGAGAAAUUUUUUUUCUUAAGAAGAAACAUCAUCAAAGAUAGAUGAGAAGGUGGUAACUAUUUUAAGGAGCAUAGGUAUUGCCAGACAAAAAAUUCUGUGCAAUGCUGAAUUCCUGUCUCAGUUUUUGCAGUCUCAGGAAGUUAAGCUUACUGCUUCAGAGCACUCUGCUCCUCUCAAAAAAACCUAACUAUGUAAUCUUGUUUCUUUGACGAGGGUGACAAUCCUGUCCGUAAGUGAUAACUUGGGUACAUUUUUAUAGUGGUCAUAAGAAGUCUAAUAUUCUUUUAGCUCAAUUUGAACAUGGCACUGUUAGAGUCUGAAGUUCUCUAACCUUGGAACCUAACUCUAACCUACAGCCUCUCUGUAGAGGCUGUAAGUGUGCUUGAUGGCAAAGUACCCCAUUCCAGCCAUAAAGGGACCAUCUCCAAGGGGAGAGAGUAAAGGGGGUGCACUUCUCAGCAUCACUGCGGGGAUUGCCAGUAAAAGGAGCAGUUUCUGACACAGCUGUAUGUUCAUAAGAAAAUGGAUUGACACCAAAUGGCCAUUUCACAGUCCUAACUUGGAAAAUACAUAAACUGUUGAUGAGAUCUGUGGGCAAUGAGUGUUGUCUUACUCUGCAGGAGAAACAGACGCAACAUUUAAUACAGUAUUGCUUUCAUACAUGGUCUUCUAAUCUACAGAUAGUUAUAUCUCUUACAAUCGUGCAGUUUUGCAUUUAAAAAUUCCCUAGAAGCUUAAUCUGUCACCUCUUGCCAAGAUCUGCUCCCACUGAAGCCAGUAACAAAGAUCUCAUUAACUCCCACAGGAAAAACUCUUUACUCUCACAUAGUUACCAUAAAGUUUUAGCAAGCACUGGAGUCAUGGGUGUCUUUGCUUUUCUCUGAAGCAUUCUGUGCUGGGAUCAGGUGGAUGUAUCACAUGUUGCAGGUGUAAUGUUGGUAAACUGGUCCUAUCACUUGUUCAUUUUCACAGUUAGUGACAGUUUUGAUAUUCAGAUAAUCUGAAUUCUGCUUUUUUUCUUUUUCCUGGGACAAGAAAUGUUUCCAAAAAUCUAUGAUUCUAGUAACAUUUUAUGUCUUUUCUGACAAUUCUCCAUUUCCCUACUGUCCUGUUGGAAAAGCCAAGGUGUUCUAGCUGUAGAAAUCACUUUGCAAUUAUUUGCAACACUGCUACUAAUUGUACCAAAUUCAUUUCAAGUUGGGAGGUGCAGUGGAAGGCCAGCAGCUUUGGGAAUACUGUAAUAAAACCACUUGUGUGGAAAAAUAUUUUUGUGUAGACAGCAGAAAUAAUGGACUUGUACAGGAGAUAAUAUUGCUUCUUCAGCCUUGUAAGCCUCCUCAGCAUAAUGUGGCUUUUUUCCUUGUGAUCAGAUGCCUUCAUUUUUAGUGAGAGUGGAGGUAUCUUGGACCUUUGCAAAAUCCAGAUAGGCUUUUGUUCACCCUUAGGGUUUUAGCUGCUAAGCACAAGAUGAGAAAUGCAAGUUUGUUUUAAUGCAUAAAUCUCAUCUUUUUGGCAACCGAUGUCUAAAUCCAUAAACAGUGAAAUCAUUUGUUAAUGCUAGUGUUUUGCCUUUGCAGCACGGCAAGGCACUGGCUGGCUUUCUAGAUGAUCAGCUAAUUACUCUGAUCUGUAUAUCUUCCACUGUAACAUGGUCAAGAUAGAUAAACUCACAAUGAGAGACUAGGAAAAAGGUAGAGAGAAUAGGCUUACCUAAACUUCUGUGGAGAUGCUAACGUAACGCUAAUUGAGAAAUUACAAUGAUUUAAUUCAUCAUAAUGCAGAUUUGCCAUACAGAAUAUAAUUUGUUAGUUUGAUAGUAUGCUAUCCCCUAAUGAGUCACUUCUGGAACACAAACUUUUUAAAGUUCAGGCAGCUAUAGGAGAAAAGGAAUCCUUUGAGGAAGAUACAUGCAUUGAUAGACAUAGGUACUUGGCAAGGAGAGUACAGAAUGCAAGGAGGAAGAGAAGAGUAAUGCAAGUCUGACCUGAGCAAGAUUACUAAAACUGAAACCUCAGUGUUGACAAUUUUAGGCCAAUUUGGAUCCCCUCGGUUUAGCAUCGUACAGAAGAUACAUACUUGUUUAGGUUUGGGGAAUCUCCUUUUCUUUAUGUCAUUUCCACAGUCCAGAAGAAAGUGAGAGGAAUAUAAAGAUAAGGAGGAGAGUUACUGCAGAAAGGCGUGAAAAAAAUAGCUGUUGCUUUAACUAAGUGCACUGUUGUGCUGGGACUUGACCUACCCAUGUGAACCGAUGGUGCUGUGUUGUGAGGAAAUUACUACCUGAGGCCCCAAUAUUUCAAGGCCUCGAUUCUGCUGUCACUUCUGCAUGGGAUGGGCCCUGUAUCUGUAGAGAACCAUGUGGACUUCACAGGAUCUGUCCUUGAAUGUGAAGCUCUGCCCAGGCAGUCAACUGCAGAAUUGUGUCCUUAACACGCCAUUGGUUGUAGUUAUAAGGCUGUUGAUAUUCAAUGUAAUUUGGGUGCCUGUUACAUAGCCAAACCCCUUGUUAAUUCAUUUUCCCAAGUAAGGCAUGAGCAGAAGCCCUUUGCUGUAGAACAUCUGUAAAAACAACAACAAAAAAUGUACUUCACAUACAUCUAGUAAACUAAGGCAUGUGAUUUUGGUCUGUGGGUCUCAACAAACUUUGCUCGUGUACCUGCCUGAAUGUUUUCUUAGAUCUGCAGUUAUGUCUCGGUGAGAAGGUACGGUGGGAUUUGUUUUCCUGACGGGGCACAAUAGCAGCUCUCAUCUGUCAACGCUGCGGGUGACCGCUUGCUACUGGCCAGGAUCCUGGAUGAAUGCAUCCUCUGCACUUCUAUGUGAAGUUGUCUGAAAUAUGGUGAUUAAAAUGAAUUAUUGGAAUACUGUAUUUUGUAUAACUUAGAACAUGUAAAUACACUUUUAAAACUAAUCUGUUCUAUGAAGUAAUAAAUAAGUGCUUCCAUUGUAAUAUCUGAAUAUUGUUAAUGCUUCAUGUAGCUUGAUUUGGGGUUAUUUUUUUCCUAGAGAACUACAGAAAUCAAAACAAAGAUUGAUGUUGUGGAAUUCUAGUCUAGUUGUGAUGCUUUCUAUCAACAAAAAAUGUUUUAAAAGUAAUAAUGAGCUACUUAAGCAGAGAAACUGAGAAUUUGGGGGAAUUGAUUCUUUUCCAGUCUUUAACAGUAGUCACUGAUAACAUUCAUAAUUGUACUCUUCCAUCCCAUUAGCUGGACAGAUGAUCUGUUGUUUGUGAGUAGCAUUUGGAACGUAGUGAUAUUUAAUUACUCAUAAAGCCUAGAACUAAAGGUUGGUUGGUGGGUUGUUUUUUUUUUAAACUAUUCUUUCUUUUGGCUCAAACAGAUCUGUCUCCACCCUUCAGCCAGACUGCAGCAAGUUGCAAUGAAACAGUGAGUGACUGUUACGGAAGCUCAUUUGUAACCUAGAUAGUCUUAACAGCUUUUAUUAGUUCUGUUAUGUACAUAGAUGACACAGGUAUCCUGUUGUGCUGUGGAGAGAGAGAGAAAGUGAUUAAUGACUUAAGGUUUUGCUGAGUACAUAUUCACUGGUUACCGCACAGCUGGAACUUUCAUCAGCUUUCAUGACCCUUUCUAUCUUGUGUUAAAAGAAAAAAACACAAAAAAAAACCAAACAAAAAACCGUGGAGUGAGAAUCAUAAGCAGUGUGCUAAGAAAUAUGAACACUUGGGUGUUUUGAGGAGGUGGUGAGAUGGAACCAUCAGGCCUCAUCUAAAGAGAUUAGCCUGUGAUGAUGCUUUUUCCAGCCACGAUUCUUUGUCUUUAAUGCCGUACUGGAGCAGUCUCCUCUCUGGUAACAGCUGCAGUGUUCCAUAAAGGACAAAGCCACAACAGUUUUUGUAGUAGGCAGAGAUGGUGGCUUUUUUUUUUUUCCUUCUUUUUUUUCCUCCCCUCUCAGUGUCUUUAGGCUGUAAAAUAGCUAUGAAACAGCUAAGCAUAUGUGCAAGUUAUUCAGAAAACUCUGUUCCUGUGAAGCUUUUUCAGAGACGUAUAGUUUUUAAAUAAAUAGUUUGAGGGAAAUCCUAUCUGCUAUAUUUGGCCUGAAAUUCUGUUGCCUCUUGGAUAAAAGUAUUUUUUUGGCUUCAGAUGUGACACUGAUCUGUCCCAUUCAUUCAGUGGGAUGGAUGAUAGAUCUGCAUGGUAUUUAUAUAAGAUAUAAAUCUGAUCUUAAUUUUACUGUGUGUUAAAUUGUUUAAUCUCUUGGAUAUCUACUCCUUGAGGUUGUCUAUAUAAUUCCUGUAAAUGUAGCUGCUUUUUGAAGCAGUUCAUCAAGUGCAUUUGAGAUCAUCCUGACUGAAAGAUUCUAUAGAAAUGAAAGAGAUAAUAAAAAAGAUUGUAAAGCAGCUGGGUAAAACUGUAUUGCCAUAAAUGGUUUUAAUUUAUAUAUGAGUCUUUUGUCCCAAACUGCUUAUUUUGUACAUAAACCUACACGCUCCUGGCAGCUGAUGGGUAAAAAUAAAGGUGCUUAAACAGCAAUCUAAUGAGGAAAGGGCAUUUCACUGUUGCAGAGUUGGUAUUAUUUUAUAUUUCCAUUUAUUACACUUUUUUAAAUGUAUAAACCACAGAUUUGAAUUCUCAAAGUCUUCAGCUUGGAUUUUGUGAGUAGUUUAAAUCCUCUCACCUCUCUGCUCGUAACUGGUUUUUAAGAAAAAAAGAAAAGCUUUUGUUUAAAAUGUAAAAUUUUGACUGUAUUAAAUUCUGUUAGUACCCUUCCUUUUUAAGAAAUAAAACGUAUAUUCCACUA